AUGAGAGAGCGUGAAUUGAAGCAGAGAACAGAGUGCGAGUUUUGUGAGAGCGGGUUUCGCCUUAUUUAUAGCCACCACCCAGAUCUGAGAUUCACUUACCCCUGCAAUUCCUUCGUCAUAGGCAGCGACGAAGAUUUUCAAGUUCUGUUCCAUUGUCGUCAGCAAUUUUUCGAGGUGAGGACCCCUGAGCUAUUGGCCAAGUUUGUAGAUGUGGUCUCUAAUUCAGGAAGUUCAAACCAGAAUCCUCAGCCUUCAUCCACGGUAGCCUGCUUUAGUUUGAUGCAGGUUGGUGCCUCUUCAUUUGUGCCCGUGAUUGAGCCUGAGGCAGUUUUGGUUGCCUCCCCAUCAUUCGCUGCUGAUCUAAACUGUACUCGUGACGGAGAAAUAGAUGAUACUGGACCCUUCGGUGAUGUUGCGAUUGCAAUGACUGCUACUCCUGAUGUGGUACUGGAUUCCCGACAAGGUGGAGCACCAAAUGGUGUGGAAGAUGUACUGCAGGAUGAUGAUCAUGAUGAUGAUGUAGAGCCCGUCACGGUUGUCGAUGAUAACGAUGAUGACAUAGCGAGGAGUACUCCAGCUGGGGAUGGUGGAGCAGCUAGUUCAGGAAUGCAUCUCCGCCAGCGUAAAGGUAUUUGGGAGAUAAAACGGUACAAUGGACCGCAUACUUGUCUGGCUACUUCGAUAUCUAGUGAUCACAGGAGGCUUGAUUACUAUGUGAUCUCGGCCUUCAUACUGCCUAUGAUUAGAGUCAUUGCUGCCGUGUCGAUCAAGGUACUGCUAAAUGCGACAAAGGCCCAUUUGGUUUUAGACCGAUUUACAGGAGGGUUCGGUUGGCUAAGCAGAAGUGUUGACGGGACCCAGUUGUACGGCAAACACAAUGGUACACUGCUCGUUGCGAUUGCUCAUGAUGGUAAUUCCAAUAUCAUUCAUGUUGCAUUCGCACUUGUGGAGGGUGAGAAUGCAGAAUCGUGGUCAUUCUUCUUAUCCCACCUUCGACAACACGUAACGCAUCAACCAAGUAUUCUUGUCAUAUCGGAUAGGAACAACAGGAUCAAGGCUGCACUAGAGGCUCCUGAUGGUUGUUGGCUUCCGCCUAAUACAUGCUGGGCAUUUUGUAUCUGA